UUCAUGCUUUAAGAAUUACUAGAGAUAAGCUCUCGAUAUAUGAUUGCAAGAAGCUUCAUCGAGAGUGGCUGAGCAUAAAGUACUUCGUCAGCUUAUAGAUAGCUGCCAAGGUUUAUCUUGGUUUGAGGUUGUCACCAUCUAACCGAGCCUCUCAGCCUCAACAUACGUGAUUCAAGGAGAUCUGGGGAAAUCACGCAGAUAAGGCGUCAGAAUCAACCUAGCAGCCUAGGCCUUGAACAUAAUGCCUUCGUUACCGGGUUUCAUAACCCGUUACUUUAAGGACGAACCAAAACCACCUCCAAUCAGUACUAGUACCGCCAUCUUCUUGCUCGUAAUAUAUACUAUCAUCUAUGUGGUGCCGUUUUAUUUGUCGUCCAAGACGAGGCCGUCUAGUACCCUAUCACGGGACGCGCCGUCAGUAAUCCGCGCGCGCAUCGCGUCUGUCUCAUUGACCUCUGUUGUCUGCUCUGCCAUAACUUUUGUCAUUUUGACGUCCCAAGACCGGGCCACGACCGCUGAGGCCUUCCACGCGCUUGGGUACUGGCCGAUCGGCCUAGCAGAGGCGGGGAAGAGUUUGCUACUCACCGCCAUCCUCUUUGCCGGACCGCUGUACGAGUACUUAAUCGUCGACGAGGAAUGGCGGGAUUGGUUGGCUCUCCGGCCUCUGUCGGCUCUCUUCACUGAAUGGACCACAUGGCGUAACAUCGUCGCGGGUCCAUUCACUGAGGAGGUGCUUUUCCGCUCUGCUGCAGUACCCCUGAUGCUCGCGGCCCAGACGUCCGUGACGACGACUAUUUUCCUCUCGCCGCUAGUCUUCGGGCUCUCGCAUCUGCACCAUUUCUAUGAGUUCCGAGUCACGUUACCUAACGUGCCUACGUCAUUCCUCCUAGUACGCUCCAUUAUGCAGUUAGGUUUCACAACGUUGUUCGGAGCUUACGCCACCUUUCUAUUUCUCCGUUCGGGAAGCUUGCUGGCUAUUUUCGUCGUGCAUGCUUUCUGCAACUGCAUGGGUCUGCCGCGUGUCUGGGGUCGCGUACUACCUGAGAUCGUUGUUGAUGAGAGAGGGAAUUCUUCCCGACCUUCUGUGCUGUGGACUGUAAUUUAUUAUAUAGUGCUUGUGGCGGGCGCAGUUGGUUGGUAUAAGAACUUGGGCUCGUUGACGGAGAGCUCUAAUGCUUUGAUUGCUAUAAAGAUAUGAUGAACACGAUCACGAAUUGACUAGCUAUGAUGAACGUUGAAUAUAAUUUUAAAUGUAAUCUUGA